AUGACCCGCACUUGCGCGAUAUACUGUACAUCAGGAUUUUUGUAAGCAACGCUCCGCUCUGGAAGAUAGAUAAGAAUGCUCUUCUAGAAAGUACUAUACUUUUCUAUCUCUAUUACUUUUUGCUUUGCUUUUGUGACAUUUCUGAUUCUUCUGAAUAGAUUAAGAGAUUCAGCCAAUUUACAAAUGUCGAAUUCUAUACAUCUUCUUGAAUCCAGAUUACCUCUACACAGAACUUUCACAACUUGUCAUCUUAAGAAUCUUAAAUUUCUAGGGAGAAUAUCUUCACGUAUAUCCAUCCCUCAAUAUAACGCGCAAUAAGAUCAAUAAGCGGUUCACGGCUUCAAAAUUCUCGCAUUAGACCGGUUCAUACCUCUUCAUUGAUUAUUCAUAAUAAACCGAGAAUUCAAACUCGCAAUAUGUCUUCAGCUUCGAUUCCGCAGACGAUGAAAGGUGUUUUGAUUGAGAAAACGGGUGGGGUGGAGGUGUUGGAUUAUAAGACUGAUUUAAAGGUUCCGGUGCCGAAAGAGGGUGAGGUUUUGGUGAGGAAUGAGUUUGUGGGGAUUAAUUAUAUUGAUACGUAGGUUUUUGUUUCUUUUGGGGUGGGGUGUGUUAUGAGUUAUGAGUAAUGGAUUUAUUGAUGUUAGAGAUGAAAUGUCUUGAUCAAGAUGCCUUGUUCCAUCCCAUUCCCCUCAAUCUUUAAAUUUAUCCACAGUCCACAACUAAUAUCCUCCCCAUCAGCUAUUUCCGCACCGGUCUCUACCAGUCCCCCAAACCUGAAAUCCUCGGCCGCGAAGCCGAAGGUACCAUCGUCUCUCUGGGUCCCUCCACAACCACCAGCCUCAAACCCAACGAUCGAGUAGUCUACAUGGGAACCUCAACCUACGCAGAAUACACCGUGAUUCCCGCAUCCAAAGUACACAUUGUCCCCUCUGAACUUGCUCCCGGCAUAGCAGCCGCCGCCUUUCUCCAAGGUCUCACGGCUCUAACCCUCAUUCGCGAAGCCUAUCACGUUCAACGCAAUGAUUGGAUUUUGGUUCAUGCCGCUGCUGGUGGGGUGGGUUUAUGGUUAUGUCAAUUGUUGAGGGUUGUAGGAGCGAGAGUUAUAGCAACGGCUAGUUCGAAGGAGAAAUUAGAGUUGGCGAAGGAAAAUGGGGCGCAGGUGGGUAUUAAUAAUAAGGAAGAGGAUAUUGUGAAGAGGGUUCUUGAAAUUACAGGGGGUGAGGGGGUUCAAGCGGUUUUUGAUAGUGUGGGGAAGGAUACUUUCGAGGGGGAUUUGGAAGUUACUGCUAGGAAGGGAACGGUAGUUAGUUUUGGUAAUGCGGUGAGUUAUUUGUUUAUUUUUCCUGUCUUUCUUGCUUCUUUCUCCAUCUUUUCCAUCCCAUAUUCUUUGCCUCAUUAAAACUCACUAACGUCCUCCUAGUCCGGCGCAGUCCCUCCAUUCUCAAUCUCCAAACUAGCAGCAAAAAACCUAAAGGUUCUUCGUCCAACACUCUUCAACUACAUAGCUACUCGUGAAGAAUUCGAACGUUACGCUGCUGAAUUGUUUGAUUUUAUUAUUAAGGAUAAGUUGAAUGUGAGGAUUCAUGAAAUUUAUCCGCUGGAGGAGGUUCGGAGGGCACAUACGGAUAUUGAGGGAAGAGGUACGACGGGGAAGUUGUUGUUAAAGGUUUAGGGUUUUGGUUAGGGUGAGGAUGCCGGGAUUGUGUGGUAUGUUCGGGGGGAGAAAAGAGAGGGGAGAGGAAAGAAGGAAGGCGUGAGGGAGAAGAGGUAUUAUUGAAUAAGAAGAACAGAUAUUAUAAGGUGAUAUUUAUAUUUCUUAUUUUCUUAUAUGUUGAUGUAUAUAUAUUUGGAAGAAAUCUAUAUCUCUAUUCCAUUUUAUAUCGUGGUAU